GACGCCCAUAGAUAGGUACGUAAAAACCAUUUUUUGAGGAUCGCAAUGGGCUAUUGAAGAAUUACAAAUUACAAUGGAUAUAAACAUUUUCCGGACAAUGCGAAGCAUUUUGCAAACAAACCGUGAAAAAUCGAUCUAAUAGUUCCUGAGCCUAUGUUAAUAUAGGACAGAUAUACCGACAGCCAUUUUUAUAUAUUAUGGAUUGGCGUAUGCAGAAGUCCGCAUAAAAAAUCAUAAGGAAUUGAUGGAUGAAGGGUUUAACGGUUUCUUAACUUGCAUGCCACAAUUAGGUCUAAGUAUUGAAACGUGCGGUGAUUUGUUGGACGACAAAUUUAAUAGUAGCGAUACCAAAUAUGACGGUUGUAAAUGUUUAUUACCAUGCAUAGCUAAAAGAAUCGGAACGAUGAACGUCAGUGACGGCAAGUGGAAUGAAAAACGAUAUUGGGAAAUAACGGCGUUGAUCGAAGUACUGGAGUGGAGACAAGAAGCAGAAGCAAUUGGAAAAUAUUGCAGAGACAGUGUAAACACACAUUGUUCAGCUGGUUUUCCUUUACUCCAGUGUGCGUUAAAACAUUCUAAAAUGCUUCAAAAUAUAUCAAAGAACUUUAUGAUUCAAAAACAAGCAGAUGUUGAAGCUAUGAACGCUACAAAUUUCGAAUAUGAAAAUGACUAUCAAAAUAAUCAAACAUCAUAUUAACUAUAACCGGGUCACAUACAAUGAAUUGUUGGUAUUAAUACUUAUAUUAUAUUAUUACUCUUGACUCUGCACAAAUACACAAAUACCCACAUAAUACUGCAUAUUAUUGUAAAUGUAUUCAGUAAAUAAUCGUCAAAAAUUUGUAAUAAUAAUGUAUUUUAA